UUACAUUUCAAUUAAGAACAUGAAGUAAUUGCAUAUUUUAAUUUCAGGUUUCAUAUUUCAAGAUUUUUAGUAUACAGCCCUCUGAAGAUAGAAAAGUUUUGGUAGAUAAUAGCCAGAAUGCCAAAGUUAAGGAAAAGAAGGGAUGUUCCUUCACAGAGAAAACGUAAAAAAGUCCAAUCUACUGACUUGCAUAAUGACCAUUCUUAUAGUAUGCCAAACGAGGAAAUUGUGCAACAAUGUCUGAAAGAAGAAGUAGAAGUGCAUGGAGAAAGGAUUGACCCUGACUUUCCUUUGUACACAGCUGAGCCUAUAGAGGACAUAGAACAUACCUCCUAUCAAGAAGAAGUAGCUAUAGACAUGAUAGAGGAAACCGAAUGUGUGACAUCAUCAUAUACAGACCCUUUCGAUAAACUUAAGCAAGAUGUUGUCCAGAGUGGUUGCAUCAGUUCACCAUAUGUUUUAGAUACAACCAGUGAUUCAAUCAAGAUAAUGCUCUUAUAUCCGUCAGCUGAAAGAACAUCUGUUAAAUUAAAUGUGAUGAUAAAUAGAGAUUUUUUUGCCAAAGUAUUUGUACACAGAAUCCAGCUCAGCCAAGACCAUGACCUAUGGAUCAGUUUACCAAGAGUGUUUGACAGUGUUAAACACAUCCAAACAUUACUUAUGAAAUUACAAAGUUAUUCUGUGUGUACAGGAAAUUUCGAGGCAGAUUUAAUGGCUUUCAUACCAGUGGGCACACCUGUUGAGAGUGCAGAAGGUUCUGCAAGUAGCCAAGGUUUUCGAGAAGGCGACUUUGAAGCAGUGAAAGGUACCAUUUCCUAUUCCUCAACUGUAAGAAGCAUGACCUGUUUACUACUUGUGCAGGGAAACAGAUGUUCACCCUGUACAACAUUAAGAAGAGUGCUGAUAAGUAGAAAACACAGAAGAGAAGAAAAAGAGAGAAAAAGUAAGGAAAACAUACCAAACUAUUUACACAGCACUAUAGGACAUACCAAGAUGUCCCGUACUGAACUAAUUACAAAAAUUCAUCAGCAGAAAAACAGAAUAACAACCCUACAAAGUGAAAUUGACAGAACUCAACGUAAGUUUCAACGCGAGGUUAGCAGUAAAGGUGUAACAUUAGACUUCUGUCAGACACUUGAAAUGCAAGAUACAAUGGCGGCAUGUACAACUGAAAUAAUGAAAGCAUUUCCUGAUGCCAAUUCAUAUCAACGCCUUUUCUGGGAAGAACAACAAAAGAGCACGAAUGUGAAGUCAUUGAAGGGUAUGCGAUGGCACCCAAUGAUACUGAGAUGGUGUCUGUACUUACGUCACAAAUCAAGUGCUGCCUACGAGGCUUUAAGAGAUUCUGGUUUCAUCACACUUCCAAGUUCAAGGACAUUAUUCGAUUAUUCGCAUUACACUAAAAGUGACAAUGGGUUUUUGCCAGAUGUAGUGAAAGAACUGAAAAAUGAGGCUUCGAAAAGAGAUAUGUACAGUACAGUUGAUCCAUGGAAGAAUUAUGUAGGACUUCUUUUCGACGAAAUUAAAGUGAAAUCAGACUUGGUAUAUGAUAAACAUAGUGGCGAACUAAUUGGAUAUUGCAAUCUAGAUAAGGUCGGAAACCAGAUAAUGAACUUUGAAAGAAGUAUGAAAGAUACAAGUUCUACAGAAACAGAUGCAGACAUUGCCAAAUACAUGCUUGUGCUAAUGGUGAGAGGUGUUGCAACAGACUUAAAAUUCCCUUUAGCAGGCUUUGCUACCUCAAGUAUUACUGCUGAUUAUCUUUAUCCAAUUAUUUGGAAGGCUAUUCGAAUUUUAGAGACCAACAUUGCUCAACUUAAAGUACUUUUUCUGACUUGUGAUGGCGCAUCUGCAAAUAGGAAGUUCUUCAACAUUCAUGGACAGGUGAAUGAAUUUAUUCAUUACACAACCAAUCCUUAUGCUAAAGACGAAAGAAAACUUUAUUUCAUCUCAGAUGUUCCCCAUCUUGUGAAAACAACAAGAAACUGUUUCAGCAAUUCUUAUUCACAUAAAAACACCAGAAAAAUGUGGAAAGAUGGGAAAGAUAUUUCAUGGAUGCAUCUGUUGAAAUUGUUUGAAGACCAUUGUGAACUAUCACUGUACAGUCCGUGUCCAAAAUUAACAAGAAGUCACCUUGACAUGACAACCUACGGUUGCAUGAAAGUCAACAUUGCAGCACAAGUUUUGAGCUCCACAGUAGCGAAUGCCCUUGAAAUGAUGUAUGGAGAUAAUGUAACCGAAACAGUUAAUUUCAUCAGAAUUAUGAACAAAUUUUUUGAUUGCUUGAAUGUAAGAAAUUUAUAUGAAGGUAGAAAUAAGAGAAAUCCUGACCUUGAACCAUAUACAACAGUCAAUGAUGAAAGAUUACAGUGGUUGAGAGUAGACUUUAUUAAGUACUUUGAUUCCUGGGAACAAUCAGUGAUGCAAAGAGCUGGUAAUUUUUCAAGGAAACAACUCAAAGGAAUGCAAUUGAGUCAUCAAACAUUGACAGGUUUUAAAAUCAGUGUGUUUUCAAUUGUAGACUGUGUUAAAUUUCUCUUAGAAUCUGGCGCAAAGUUUGUCCUGACACAUCACUUUAACCAAGAUCCCUUGGAGCAACAUUUUGGACACUACCGGCACAGGGUUGGGGACAAUAACAACCCUACAGUGAAUGAUGUUCGUCAUAUGAUGACCUCCAUGAGAGCGGUUGGAGCUCAAGCUUUGGCACCCAAACGAGGAAAUGUCAGUAACCAGAGAGACAGGAACUUUGUGAUUGAUAACACUUCGCUACCAAAGCGUAGAACAUAUUAAUGUUAGUAAUGCAAGAAGUUUUUUUGUACAAGUUUAAUUUACAUGUAUACUUGUCAUAUGUAUUUAUUUCCAAAUAAUGUAUUAUUAUGCAAAUCUAAUAGCAGUAUAUGAGUGUUUGGUAUUUUGUUAACAUUUUCAUGUAAACUUGAAAGGUGAACUGUACACAUGGUACAUGAACAUACAUGUAUGUACAAUUGUAUACGUAUGACUGCUGGUAUCCUUUAUAGUACAUAAACUAAAAAAAGUCUUAGUAAACCAUUGGUCAUGUCGCAUGUGUCGAUGCUUAUGAAAUUGAGAAAAAAUUUGUAAGGGUGCAAGUUUAAAUAUUUAUUUUUUUGUUCUCAGUACUUGGGUUUACCAAAAAGUUAUACAAAUAGACCAAGUUUUGAAUUUUCAGUUGAGUCCUUGCAUUUGAAAGAGUUUUAU